GGUGCACUACUAUGGCUGCUCAGACUUUAUAGAAGGCGUUGAUAAUGCGGCCACAUCGGCAGCAUCUUCCCGCACGGGCCGACCCACCCAAAUUCCUGGUGGUUUAUACUUGCUCACGUUGACUGGUCUCCAAUAGCUACCUAUCCUAUCUCUGCUGCUGGGAAAGAUUUAAGCGGACCGUUGCCUCUGUUCCUGAACCGUGACCAUGUCCGUUAGAUCUUCUCAUAGGCAGCUACUACUACUUGCUUACCACAGUGAGUUAGGUCAGGCUUUUACUGGUAACGUCUCAAAUGAGUCUUUAAAUGUAUACAGUGAUACACAAUGGCUAAGUUGGGAGUAGUGCCUAAUCAAAUUCUGAUGUCUUUAGUAGCUUUUUUACUAACCUAUACCAUCGUCACCGGCGCAUCGCGCGGAAUCGGCCAAAGCAGCGCCCUCGAUUUCGCAACCCGCGGCGCCAAAGUCGUCCUCACAUACAGCUCCCCCGAAAGCGACUCCGCCGUCUCUACAACUCCCAUUUCUCCGGGCGAAAUCGUCUCCGCAACCCUCUCCGCAUUCGGUCCGCACAUCGACAUCCUAAUCAACAACGCAGGCUACGAGAUCGAAACGCCCAUCACGAAAAUAACCGCUGAGGAUUUCUCAUACUGGUUCCUCACCUCCGUUGCUCCCGGUAGGAUUAUCAAUAUCGGUUCCGUGGCGGCGAGACAUGGAUUCAAGAAUUACAGCGCAUACUGCUCGUCAAAAGCGGCACUGGAGGGUCUGACGCGUGUGCUUGCGGCCGAGUUGCGAGAUGAAGGUCAUAUGGUCAAUAUGGUGCAUCCGGGGCCAGUCCGGACGGUCAUGUUGGACGAGAUUCCGCAGUGGUUGGUUGAGUGGCAGAGGGAGUCGACGGCGGUUGAGCAUCGGCUUGGGACACUUGAUGACGUUGUGCAGAUAGUGGCGUUUUUGGCGGAGGGAGAGGAGUAG